CAGAAAACUGCACUGACACCUCUGUGCAGGUCUAACUCAAUGCAGGAAACAACAAAACUCAGAGUUCACUCACUUACAAGAAAUGAGCACUGCUGCAGGAUUUGACACAAAAAGUGAGCAUUGCAAGUUGACAGGAUGACAUGCAACACAAGAACACUGAUACACAAGACAAUGAGGAUCUGAUUUGAAAGAAGAGACAGGUUUAUUCCAACAUCUGGAGAAAUUUCCUCAACAUCACAAGAAAAAAGCCCAGGUAUCAUACAUUUUAAACAGUAUGAACUUGUCGGAUAACGAGUCAGAAUAUAACUACGAUUAUAUUAAUUCCACCUGUGACCAGGAUGCCAGGAUACAGUUUCAGGAUAGAGCCAGGCUGGUUCUCUGCUACGUGCUGUUUUGUCUCGGUCUGCUUGGCAACAGCACAGUUAUCUGGGUCCUCCUGCGGUACAUAAAGCUGAAGAGUAUGACAGAUGUGUACCUCCUCUGCCUCUCCCUAUCUGACCUCAUACUGGCUCUAUCUCUGCCACUCUGGGCCCACAAUUCCCACAACACUGCAUCAUGCAAGCUGAUGACAGGAAUUUAUCAGCUGGGUUUCUACAGUGGGACGUUGUUUGUGACCCUGAUGAGUGUUGAUCGAUACCUAGCCAUCGUCCACGCAGUUACAGCCAUGCGUGCCCGGACCCUUCGCUAUGGAAUCAUUGCCAGCCUCACUAUCUGGAUUAUAUCUGUGACCAUGGCAGUCCCUCAGGUGGUGUUUGCAUCUCUGGACAACGAUGACGGCUGGUGCCAGCCAAUCUACCCAGAUGACUCGUGGUUUUUCUGGAACAUGCAAAGAAACUUUAGUGAGAACACACUUGGCCUCUUUGUGUGCCUCCCCAUAAUCGUCUUCUGCUAUGUGAAAAUUCUCCUGGUGGUGUCCAAGACCAGGAACUCCAAAAAAGACAAAGCUGUGAAACUGAUAUUAAUCAUAGUGUGUCUGUUUGUGCUGUGCUGGGUCCCCUACAACAUCACAAUCUUCCUUCAAACAUUGCAGGUGCUGAAUGUCCUAAACAACUGUGAGGCCUUCAAAGCUAUCAACAGCACCAUGAGCUUUGCUGAGAUCAUUGCACUGAGUCACUGCUGUGUUAACCCAGUCAUCUAUGCGUUUGUCGGGGAGAAAUUUAGAAAGUCCCUGAGCCGUGUGUUAACCAGGUGCCUAGGCAUGGGUCACCAGAGAGGAGGGACUACCAUCCUCAAAGACACCACAGAUAAAGAGACUUCCAACACACCUGUUAGAUCAGAGUAUUAGCAAUGAUGAUACCUGGCUUUCUUACUAAUCAUUCGGCUGUGUUAAAUACUUGACUGUGAUUGGUCAGAACCCCUUGACAAGGGUUGUUAACUCUAACCAACAAAGCAAGCAGAUCACACACAUCAUAUCAACCCACAGAAAUGAGUACAGGCACAUUUUGCUUCUGCUUGUUGGCACUGAGGCAAAAUUGUUAGCAUGCUAAAUUGGUGAGCUAAACAACAUGGAUAUUUUUUGGAUCCUUUCCAAAAUCUAGGCAACCACAGCAGAGCUAGGCAGUGCAUGACGAAGUUCCCAACAAAUACAAAGAAACUUAAACCACAAGCGGUCGUGAUAACAGGAACAGUGUUAAAAGAAGAAUGUUUUUCCUCAUUCAUGUUUUAAAAGCCUUUCAACUGCAAAGCUGAGAGCUGAAUGAGGACGGAAAUGUCAAUGCCAAAAUACUUUCAGAAGUCCCUUCAUCUUGUCUAACUUAACUGUCAGUGGAAACAUGCAGUUUAAUGUGAAUAACAACUAAUACGCUGAUGCUUGACUGUGACUUAACUGUAAUUUGAAAUGCUUACUUAAUAUUAAAUCCACUCACAACAGGAAGAUAUGAAUCUGUUGCAAUACAGGCAAUACCCACUGUGGAAUCAGAGGGAUCUUUUAUUUUUCUAAAGCUGUGUACAUAAAACAUAUUUGAAUCAAUAAAAUCUUCUUUUAUUCAA